AGAAGAUUUAACGACGAAACCGAGCCGUGAGUUUGUGUUUCACGCUAUUAAAUGAGUCUCUGUAGCGAAACCGAUGGAUUUGUCAUGUCGGUUGUGACGGGUUUACGAUCAUUUGAUGUCUCUGGUGACUUUAAUCCCACAUUUUCCAGCAGCAACGCUCGAGUGGAGGCCACGUGUUUGCAGGCUGCAUUCUUCCAGCCGAGGUUGAAACAGGUGGAACAAUGUGCAGCAUGUUCAUAUGGAACUGUGGAGACUCUGUGGAACAGUUUGGAGCAGGAAAUAAGGAGAAGUUUGCAGACAGACCGGGAUCAGAACCAGAACCAGGAGAUGGACCGGGAUCAGAACCAGAACCAGGAGAUGGACCGGGAUCAGAACCAGAACCAGGAGAUGGACCGGGACCAGAACCAGAACCAGGAGAUGGACCGGGAUCCGAACCAGAACCAGGAGAUGGACCGGGAUCCGAGCCAGGACUCCUCAUCCAGCAGGACUAAAGCGGACGCUGCUGGUCUGCAGAAUCAUAAAGGAAGACCCAAAAGACACUGCUGUGAUGAUUGCGAGCAAGUCUUCACCACUUCAUCAAACCUGAAGAAGCAUAAGAAAACUCACACUGGUGAUAAACCGUACAGCUGUGAUCAGUGUGGAGUGGCUUUUGCCCAAAAAGGUAACCUAAAUAAACACCAACGUAUUCACACUGGAGAAAAGCCUUACAGAUGUGAUCAGUGUGGAGUGGCUUUUGCCCAAAAAGAUAACCUAAAGCAACACCAACGUAUUCACACUGGAGAAAAGCCUUACAGAUGUGAUCAGUGUGGAGCGGCUUUUGCCGAGCAAGGUACUUUAAGGCGUCACCAACGUAUUCACACUGGAGAAAAGCCUUACAGAUGUGAUCAAUGUGGAACGGAUUUUGCCCAGCAAAGUGCUUUAAGGAGUCACCAACGUAUUCACACUGGUGAAAAGCCUUACAGAUGUGAUCAAUGUGGAGCAGAUUUUGCCCAGCAAGGUGUUUUAAGGAGUCACCAACGUAUUCACACUGGAGAAAAGCCUUACAGAUGCGAUCAAUGUGGAGCGGAUUUUGCCCGACAAGAUAAUUUGACGACUCACCAACGUAUUCACACUGGAGAAAAGCCUUACAGAUGUGAGCAAUGUGGAGCAGCUUUUGCCCAUCAAGGUGCUUUAAGGAGUCACCAACGUAUUCACACUGGAGAAAAGCCUUACAGAUGUGAUCAGUGUGGAGCGGCUUUUGCCCAGCAAAGUGCUUUAAGGCGUCACCAAUGUAUUCACACUGGAGAAAAGCCUUACAGAUGUGAUCAGUGUGGAGCAGCUUUUGCCCAUCAAGGUGCUUUAUGGAGUCACCAACGUAUUCACGCUGGAGAAAAGCCUUACAGAUGUGAUCAGUGUGGAGCAGCUUUUGCCCGACAAGGUACCUUAAGGAGUCACCAACGUAUUCACACUGGAGAAAAGCCUUACAGAUGUGAUCAGUGUGGAGCGGCUUUUAGCCAAACAAGUAGUCUAAGGAAACAUCAGGGUAUUCACAUUGGAUAAAAAGUGUACAUUUGUAAUCAGUGCUAAUAUCAUUUAUUUUGAGAGUUCAGUUAAAAUGCACCAGUUUAGUUAAUUUAGUUUGAAAGAAAUAAUUCACGCAUAGUUACUGACACACACACCAACACAUAGAUGAUCUGAAGUUUGUGUUUAAUGUUUAGUUAGUUGUUGUUUAUGUGUAGGUUAGGCAUCUGAGUUCAGCCCAAAUUUUGUUUCACUUUCUUCUUUUAAGACUUUUGUAAAUAAA